AUGCCAGUAUCAGCUGGAGACCAACCUAGCUCACUACCUGUUGAGUUUCUCACGAAAUUCCACACAGCGCUCCGACGAUGGCAAAAAAGCUGGGAGACAAGCUCCGACCCAUCCAUCACACCCUCCUCUCCGAAAGGACCUCUUGGUUUCAAUGCAACGGCGAUAUUCCGAAUUGCAUGCAUCAGGCUACACCUCAAUCUUGGCCCGCACCGCAGCUUACGAACGGGGGAUCCGGAAGUCAUUGCUUCAGCCUUCUGCAAUGCCUUAAGGCCCGCUCAAACCCCUCAAAUCUACCAGGCUGUCCUCCAAUCCAUUCACGCUCUUUCCAUUCCCGUUCGCCUUGGUGUGGAAUAUGUCGCGAGGACGCAGACCCUGACAUGGAGCACGAUCCAUGCCCUUUCUAACCUUGAAUGCGCCGUGUUCUUAUGUAAAUGGCUCGAGACGCUCGCGUCGGAUCCGUCACAUGUUAGUAAAGAUACGCGGCGCAUUCUCAGAAUUAUUACCAGUGUGUUGCGAGAAGCAGAUCUGGCACCGCCAGUUAACUGGGCGGGUGACUUUCAGCCUGACCAAUUACGGCGGAUGGGUGCGAUGCUGGUGCGAUUAUUGUCAGAGAUACUAAAGGGCCCUCAUGUUUUCGAAAUGAUGUAUGUGUUUUGUGACUCUCUCCGUACCUAUGCCAACUUGCUAGAGAAUGAUCUCGAUUCCAAUAUGGCGGAAUGA